ACAUUUAUUUAAUUUUAAAAAACGUGUUCGUAAUCUAGACAGUCGCGACAUAGGUAGUCGAUUCUAAACGACUAUUCAUAAUUCAACUAGAUAUAAAACAAUGCAUAAUAGGAGAUCUUCAAGUUUCUCAUCCAUUACGGAGCUGUUCCGGCCGAACAAUCCUAGGAGACUGCGGUCAAGAGAUCUCAGUAGCACUCGUCUUAAUGCGCUUAAAAAGGAGAUAGAGACUAACACACAUCUUAUUCCACUCAAAGACCUAUACACUCGAUUAGGAACGGACCCAGUGAAAGGUCUGACAAGUGAUGCUGCCGCCGAACUGUUGGAGUAUUACGGCCCUAACACUUUGACUCCUACCUCGCACUUCCAAUGGCCGAAGAUGUUACUAAAAUGCCUGUUUACUGGUUUUUCAAUAUUAAUUUGGUUCGGUGCAAUACUUUGUCUGUUAUCGUACGUGAUUGAAUCAUCGAUGAAGGCACAUCCAAGCACUGAUAAUUUGUAUUUGGGCUGCGUGCUCAUAGCGGUCGACAUUAUCUGUGGUCUCUUCAGCUUCUUCCAAAACUUUAAAAGUUCAAAGAUAUUAAAAACAUUUAACAACAUGAUACCGAUGUCAGCGAAAUGCAUGCGAGAUGGAGUGUGGAACGCUGAGAUGCCGGUAGCCAAGCUGGUCAAAGGUGACAUCGUGCACGUGAAGGCCGGUGACGUCAUACCUGCCGAUAUACGGAUCAUUGAAAGCAAAGGAUUCAAAGUGGACAAUUCAUCGUUGACUGGGGAAAGCAGAGCUGUUACUCGUUCCAACACAGAAGGGACCACAAAUAUAUUAGAAUCACAAAAUGUGGCCUUCUUUUCAGCCCAAUGUGUCGAAGGAUGGGCUUUUGGUGUUGUGCUAUGCUGCGGAGACUUGACAGCGCUCGGACGAGUCGCCGGACUGGCGGCACGCUUGGAGCCCGCGCCGUCACCCCUUUGUCGAGAAAUUAGUCGCUUCAUGUGGUACAUGUCGAUCUGGGCACUCGGUCUUGGUGUUUUUAUUGCCGCAUCAUCUUUCAUUCUCGGAUACCCCUUUAUUCAAACUACGAUAUUCGUGAUAGGAAUUAUAGUUGCCAACAUUCCUGAAGGAUUGCAGCCAACAAUAACGGCAUCGUUGACGCUCACAGCCCAACGUAUGGUAAAGAAGAAUUGCCUCGUCAAGAAUUUGGAGGCUAUUGAAGCUCUAGGAGCCGUCACUAUCAUUUGUUCUGACAAAACUGGCACUCUGACAAAAAAUAAAAUGUGCGUCCGAGACAUUUGGACUUGGAACCGCAAAUACUCAAUAUUGGACCCAGAUUUUAAAGAUAGUUUAACGAAUAACAAAGCUAUAGAAGCCUUAAAGACAUGCGGUGCAUUAUGUAGCUCGGCAACUAUUGAUGAAAAUGGGGAGAUUCAUGGCGAUGCAUCUGAAACUGCAAUAUUAACCUUUCUCUGCACGUACAACGACCCGGCGACAUUAAGACAAAAUUAUCCGAAAAUUGUUGAAAUACCAUUUAACUCUACCAAUAAAUAUCAAGUGAGCGUCCAUUUCGAUAAGAGCAUGUCUCGAUACGUGGUUGUAAUGAAAGGCGCUCCUGAGUGCAUAUUAUCGCGCUGCAAUACUGUAGUUGUAGCAAAUAAUAAUGUUUCUAUAACGAACGAAAUAAAGGAAGCAGCAAACAAAGCUAUUGAAGAUCUUGCUACGACAGGUGAAAGAGUUUUAGCAUUUGCCGAUUUGAUACUGGACCCAAAAGUGUUUCCAACAAAUUAUGAAUUCGAUACGGAAGAAGUAAAUUUUCCAUUGGAUGGUCUUCGGUUGAUCGGUAUUAUAGGAUUGAAAGAUCCACCACGAGAGGAGCCCGCACUGCGCCGCGCCGACAUCGGUAUAUCUAUGGGAAUAACGGGAUCACAGGUAUCGAAGCAGACGGCGGAUAUCAUUUUAAUGGAUGACAAUUUCGCUACGAUUGUAAUAGGAAUUGAAGAGGGUCGCAAAAUAUUUGACAACCUGAAGAAGUCCGUGUGCUACAUUCUAAUAUCCAACGUGCCUGAAAUCCUGCCAGUUUUGAUGUUUAUCUUAUUUUCUAUUCCAUUGCCAUUAGGUGUGAUGACGAUCCUGUGCGUGGACCUGGGCACGGACAUGUGGCCGGCGGUGUCCCUGUCGUACGAGGGCGCGGAGGCGGACGUGAUGGGCCGGCCGCCGCGACACGGCGACAGGCUCGUCUCCGCGCGUAUGCUUUACCUCGUCUACGGACACCUCGGCCUCAUCGAGUUCGCAGCGGGCAUGUACGCCUACUUCACUGUUAUGGCGGAACACGGCUUCUAUCCUUCAGAUCUCUUCGGUAUAAGAGAGCGGUGGGACAACGAAGCGGUGACCGACGUGCGGGAUUCCCUGGGCCAGGAGUGGACGUACGAGGAGAGGAAGGAACUGGAGCGCGCCUGCCAGGCGUCGUACUUCGUGGCCGUCGUCAUCACGCAGAUGAUGAACGGCAUCAUAUGUAAAACAAGAUUUAAUUCUAUAUUCGAAGUCGGAAUGAAGAAUAAAGUUUUGAACUUGGGAUUGGUAUUUGAGUUGUUGCUCGCUUGUAUUCUUUGCUACGUGCCGGUCCUUAAUGAUUUUUUUUGCACGUAUCCGCUGCGACCGCAAUGGUGGUUUUUAUCAGUGCCAUUCGCAUUACUGUUACUUGGUUUCGAUGAGUUUAGAAAAUACUGCAUCAGAAAAUGGCUUUUCGAUGGAUGGUAUAACUAUCUAACUUAUUACUAGAGACGAAGUACAGCAAGAAGAAACGUUAAAUAGAUUCAAGUGAAUAUAUAUUUUAAUGAAAACAGAGUAUUUUUUUCCGGCUUAAAUUAAUCGAAUGAAACAAAAACUUAACAUAAUAAAUUUAAUGAGCAAUCAACAUAAGAUCACAACACAACAUUUUACUAUAGAUUCUUGUCAUUCAAUAUUAAUUACACUAACAAAUGAUAUGUACCUAAUGGAAUAAGGCACGACCAAUUAUUUACUUCAUAUUUAAAAACACAAUAAAAACUUAAACAUUUGAGUGCGUCUCACUUUAACAUUUACAAUUCAACUUUCAAAUAUUACUAAUGAAAAAUAUGAUACUUAAAGAAGUUUAAUGAAAACAGAUAUUUGUUUACACACGAGGUACACGAGUAAAAAAAGAAAAGAAAAAUAAUAGAAUAAAAAUAUCGUAAUUUGAAUGUAGACUUUCCUUAAAUUUUCUACUACAAUCAUAGACUAUUUUACUCUAUAUAAUCUUUUAAGAUAUAAUAAAAUUUGAAUUUAAUACUAUUAUAAGAUUUUAUAUAAAACAUACAGGUAUAAAGUCCGUAGGAAAGAUUUCGAAGAAUAAAAGGUUUUCACUAUAGAACCCUGUCUACCUCUAUAGAAAAUUCUAGGAUAGUUAUACUAAAUGUAGUCAAAACAUGUAAUUACAAUAAUAGUGUUUUAAAAUUACAAAUAUUAAAAUUGAUAAGAUAGAAAUAUAAGAAAAUAUGAAG